AUGGAGCUACCAGUACCAUGGAUUUCUCUCAUCGGCGUGGCGCUGUUCCUUGUAGCCGUGCUCCUUCGCCGGCGGUGGUCCAGCUCCAGCAAGUACAUGCUGCCGCCGGGCCCUCGGCCAUGGCCGGUGGUCGGCAACCUGAACCUGAUCGGGCCACUCCCGCACCGCUCAAUGCACGAGCUCUCCACGCGGUACGGGCCACUCAUGUCGCUGCGGUUCGGCUCCUACCCCGUCGUCGUCGGCUCAUCCGUCGACAUAGCGAAAUUCUUCCUCAAGACCCACGACCUAGCGUUCCUCGACCGCCCCGCCGUGGCCUCGGCUAGGCACAUCCUCUACAACGGCUCCGACGUGCUGUGGGCGCCGUACGGUCCGUACUGGCGCCAGGGGCGCAAGCUGUACCAGAACGAGCUCCUCAGCGCGACCCGGAUCAAAUCGACGGAGCAUAUCCGCAUCGAGGAGGUGCGCUGCAUGCUGCGGGAUGUGUCGGCGGCCGCGUCCCGCGACGGAGGCGCGGUGGUGCGGCUCAAGGACCACCUCUCCAUGGCGAGCUUCAACGUGGUCUCGCGCAUGGCGCUAGGCAGGAAGUACAUCUUCGACGGCGCCGGCUCGCUGAUGCCGCCGGAGGCGUUCCGGUGGAUGAUCCAGGAGUUCUUCUUCCUCAACGGCGUGGUGAACGUCGGGGACGUGAUCCCGUGGCUCAGCUUUCUGGACCUGCAGGGGUACAUCAAGAGGAUGAAGAGACUGAGCAAAAUGAUCGACCCGUUGCUCGAGCACGUCCUGGUCGAGCACAGUGAGCGGCGACGGCGACAGGGCGAGGGCUUUGUGCCGAGGGACAUGGUGGACCGGCUGCUACAGCUCGCUGACGAUGCCAACCUGGAGGCUCCCAUCGAGCGGGAUGGCAUCAAGGCAUUCAUUCUGGAUCUCAUCGUUGGCGGCACGGACACCUCAUCGGUGACCAUCGAAUGGGCCAUGUCCGAGCUCCUGAGGAAACCCGAUGUGCUCACCAAGGCCACCGAGGAGCUGGACCGUGUCAUCGGCCGCGAACGCCUUGUCACGGAGGGGGACAUCACGAAGCUCCCGUACAUGCAGGCCAUCGUCAAGGAGACCAUGCGCCUGCACCCGGUGACGCCGUUGCUGGCGCCGCGGCUGUCCCGGGAGGACGCGUCCGUGGACGGCUACGACAUCCCGACGGGCACGCUCGUGUUCGUCAACGUCUGGGCCAUCGGCCGUGACCCGGCCGUGUGGGGGGAUGCUCCCGACGAGUUCCGACCAGAGAGGUUCGCCGGGAGCAGCGUGGACGUGAAGGGGCAGGACUUUGAGCUGCUGCCGUUCGGGUCUGGCCGUCGGAUGUGCCCCGGCAUCGGGCUUGGGCUAAAGAUGGUGCAGGUGAUUCUAGCGAACCUGGUCCACGGGUUUGCGUGGAGGCUCCCCGACGGCAUGGCGAAGGAGGAGUUGAGCAUGGAAGAGAAGUUCGGGCUGUCCAUGCCGCGCUUGAUCCCACUCCAAGCCGUCGCCGAGCCUAGGCUUCCGGCUCACCUAUACGCCAGGCCGCCUCCAUGA